ACUGUUCGUCGGAUUUGUUGUUUUUCCGGGUCCCUGGAGUAAAAGCUGACGAUGGCGGCACGCAUGCGGUUUUUGCAAAGCUGUGUUGUGCAGUUUACAACUUUGUUUUUCAUUUUUUGCAUAAUUUCUGCUGGGUUGGCGGCUCCACCCGAGGUAGGCAGAUGGGAGCAGAACUGGAAGAGUAACGUCACCUAUGUCGUGAGAAGGACCCUGUUUUCUGACACCGUGAUUAAUGUUCAAAUUAAGAACUGUUCAGCCUCUAAACUGGUGUUCAGAUGGUAUCUUCGAUCUUCCCAUUGCUACAACGAAAUCUUCAGUAAGUCGGAUGACGACUUGAAGCACUUAUUUGAUAGCUCUGAUGAGCGAAUGAAGAAUUCUUUGGGGGAGUACUCCAGAGGAUCGUUCGUUUAUGAUUGCUCUAAACCAGAGGACUUAAAGCUUUACAUUGACAAGUGGCCUGUGCAAACUUCUCUCAUUGCUUUGAAAGAAGAAACUGCUGAUACGGUUAAAAAGGAAGACGAUGCAGAGAAGCAAGAAGGAAAUACAGAAGAUGCUGACAAGGUGAAAGACAAACCGGAGAAACAAGAAGGAGAAACAAAAGAUACUGACAAGGUGGAAGACAAACCGAAGAAACAAGAAGGAGAAACAAAAGAUGCUGCCAAGGUGGAUGACAAACCGAAGAAACAAAAUAUUGAAAAGGUUGGUGGAGAGCAAGACGAGAAAAACAAAGAACUUACAAAACCUGUUGACAAAACGAAUUCUGAAAACCAGAAAGUUGAGAAGGAGAGCCCCAAGCCUACUGCUAGCACAGACACACCAGGUAAAAAUGAUGUUGUAAAGUCAUGGAAAGAUGGGCCAUAUGUGUUUCUGUUCAACAUUAAUCCGCCAGAUAAUACCAAGCAAGAGGCUGCCAAGGGUAGUGAAAAUAACCAAGACAAACAGGACGGUUCGAUGUCUGUUUCAGGAGGCAAAGAUUUGUCUGCUACAAUGCUUAUCAGUGUACAUGGACCAUAUGACUACAUCUCACCUGUGGACUGGCCCCUCAUGAUUUUUUUCAUGGUGAUGUGCAUCGUCUACGUCCUGUAUGGAUUCCUAUGGUUGGUUUGGUGUGCAUGUUACUGGAGAGAUCUGCUUAGAAUUCAGUUUUGGAUUUUAGCCGUUAUCUUGCUUGGGAUGUUGGAGAAGGCAGUCUUCUAUUCAGAAUACCAGAGCAUACGAUAUACAGGAGACUCAGUCCAGGGAGCUGUAAUUCUAGCAGAAAUACUGUCUGCACUAAAACGAUCUCUGGCUCGUAUUCUUGUUAUAAUUGCCAGCGUUGGAUAUGGCAUUGUCAAGCCUCGACUAGGAGUCACUUUGCACCGUGUUCUUGCUGUUGGUCUGCUCUUUUUCAUUUUCUCUGGCUUAGAGGGCGUUUUGAGAGUUACUCACGAAAAAUCCUCAGAGUUUGCUUCACUGGCUUUCAUUCCUCUGGCGGUUUUGGACACUGGCCUUUACUGGUGGAUUUUCAUCAGCUUGUCUCAAACCAUGAAAAUGCUGAAACUGAGGAGAAAUGUAGUUAAGCUUUCCUUGUAUCGCCAUUUUACCAACACGCUUAUCUUUGCUGUAAUAGCUUCUAUCAUUUGUAUCGUGUGGACAACAAAGAAGUUCAAGUUUGCAGAGUGUCAGUCCGAUUGGGAAGAAAUAUGGAUUGAUGAUGCAUUUUGGAGAUUCUUAUUUUCUAUAAUUCUCCUUGUCAUAAUGAUCUUAUGGAGGCCGUCUGCUAACAAGCAAAGGUUUGCUUUCUCUCCAUUGAUGGAAGAAGAUGAUGAAGAUGACCUGAAAGAACCAAUGUUAAAUGAAGCUUUUGAGGGAAUGAAGAUGAGAAGUGCAAAACCAGACUCAAAUGGCAAUGCAAAACCUAGCAAAGUUGAUGAUGAUUUGAAAUGGGUAGAAGAGAAUGUUCCUUCUUCAAUGGCCGAUGUUGCUCUUCCUGCAUUACUAGACUCCGAUGAGGAAAUUAUGACUACUCAGAUAGAAAGAUCUAAAAUGGAGUAGUAAUGGCAGAUUACAGCUCACCGAGUUUGAUGAAGGAGUUACUUGCACCUUUGUCCUUUGCCUUGCCACUUUUGACUUCUGUGCCAUUCAGGAACAUUCAAAGAACUUUGCAGCAGGAUGGGGGAUGAAGCUUCAAAAAUAUGCUGAAGUUCAGUUUUUGAAAGAAAAAAGUUUUAAAAAGCAUUGGUUAAGAAUAAAGACUGAAGUUUUUUGUUUAUUUUUUUAUCCAGUGGAACUGCAAUUCCAUUUUUCUCAUUGCUGUUGAGUAACAGCCAUUCCCCUUUUAUAGUAACCUCCUUUCAGAUCUGAUGGAUAUGUUCCCACAAUUUCCUCCUUAGCAUUUGUGUUGCUGUGUGCCAAACUAGAAUGUUAAAAAUGUAUUAAAAUGUUAAAAAUCAAGAAGUAUGAAAUUCCCAUCCCAGUAAUAUUUUGAUUUAGGAGAGUAUCUGUUAACUGGAGGCGGUCUACAAGAUUUUAUUCCAGCCUGAUGUUUCCCAUCAAGAUAUGGCAGAGACUGUAAACAAUUGAUUUCCUGCUGCUUCAUUUUUAGUUCUUCUGCACAGAGAACUUGAGACUAAUGUACAGGAUCACUAGGUCAUAUGACUAAAAUACAAAUGUGCCUUAUUUUUGCUGUUUCUUUCAUCUGUGAUAAGUUUACGAAAGACUACCUAAGUGUGUUGCUAUGAUAUGGCCUGCUUUGUGCAGGAUUUUGUAUCCUACUUUUGGUAGGCCCGAUCCUUUGUGAUGGUUGCAUUACUUCGGUUUCAAAUGCAGAUUAAAAAAAUAACCUUUAUUGAGUAUAGCUUUCAUAUCAACAUUUUGUUGGUUUGGAAGGGAAGCCUCACUUCUGAAUUGGUUAACUCCAAACCCAGUGGGAUCAGGCCACAAACAAAAUAUACAUUUUGAAGAGCUGUUGUUAAAUGUAUUCUAGUUCCAUUAAAAGAGGCUUCUCCCAGCAGUGUGAACAUUUUUGCCACACCUUUUGAUCUGGUAUUGACUUGUUUUGUGAAUAAACAUGGGUCAUUUGGAGCUUUCUUAAUCACAAAAUUGAGCAUCCCCUUAGAGUGACUAUACCUGAUAUGGGAUAUCAACUGGACAUGUGUUUGUCUUUUCGGCUUUUCCCUGUUAGGGGUCGCCACAGCGGAACUCCGGUCCGCUAAUGAUUGGCAGUACAUAUAUGAUUAAUAUAAAUAAUUUGGACAUUAAUUAGGAAGGGAUUUCUUGCUUUGUAGUAUGUAGGGUUACAGCAGAAGUAUAGAUUAUGUCCUGCAGCCAUUAGAAAGGGUAGAUUUCUGUGAGGCUGAUAGUCACAUGACAUAUAGAUCGUCCUUUCCUGUAUGUGUAUUGGUGGUGGAUUGUGUCAGUAUUUGCCUCUAACCCAAAGAGAAGGUUAGGUUAAAUAGAGCGGUCUUGGCAACAGGGAGUAGGAUUGAUAAGUCAAGAAGAAUUGAUUAAGGUGAUCAAAACCUUUGCAAAGAAAUGCAGAUUUAAGGUUUUGAUAAACAGGAACCAAGUGGAGUUCUGUGCAGGAUGAAUAAUAAAAUUCUGGUAAAUUUACAAAACAAUACAAGUUUUUAAUAACUGAAUGAUGUGUUUUGUGCAUUUCAGUGACUACUAAUGUACAGUAGCCUGUGUAUCUUUUGGCAGAUCUGUAGUAUAAUAUAUAUUUUUUGAGAUUUUAGAAAUUUUGUUUUGUACCUUCCCAGUUCAAAUAUUCGUAAACAUACUUAAUUGACCCACUUGCACAUGCAGAUUUUACAUACAGCAGUUAAUCAUCACUGUUCAUUAUUUUUGUCUGUCUUGCAUUCAUUUAAAGAGUUAAUGCUUUGACAAAGUGAAAGUGACAGCUAGGAAGUGGCAUCCCUUGAUGGUGGUCCGUCAUUACCAAGCAGGUUGUACAUCAAAUGAAGCCAAUAUAUUUUUACUUUCAGUUGUUCAUUUCCCAGCUGCUCGGAAUUAUAUCAUUCAAGAAUUGUGUUUUCAGACUACUUCACUGUUUGUGACUUUGUUCUUUAGGUUUUUUCUUUCUUAGAUGAUUUCUGCUGUCCAUUCGAGUUGUACAUUAAUUUGUCUGUUUUAUGAUGUUGUAUAUUUCUCUUUUUUUAACCCUAGUGGUGUACGUUUUUGUCUUGUAUUUACUGUUAUGAUUUGAAAAUUAAUUUUUCUUUAUGGAGACCAGAACCCUAGUUCUUAGACUGUCCACGAGGAAGUUGAGCAGUUUAUUUAUUUAUUUAUUUUAUUUUUUCUUUCUUCUGGAGGCCAUCUGCAGUGUCCUCUUUCUCCUCUACAUUUUGUAGGCUUUUAUUUUUCAAAGGUUCUGAUCCACAUUGUCCACAGGGCUGCACUACUCCUUUCCUUGUUCUUUUACUGUGGCUUACCUGAUGGUCUUUGUUAGAGUGGAGGUUUGGGAGUGUUUCAGCAUCCAUUGCUUCCAUUUUACCACCUUCAGAACACGGCUUUAUUAAGUCUAGAAGCAGUCACUCUGACUCUGUUACACUAUCCCCUAUCAACUAGCUCUAGCAGCAGAGCUACUUGAAUUGCUUUUUCUGAGUCUGUCCAGGUGCUGAGUGCAGCAUUCAUUGUUUUGUUUUUUUUGUUUUUUUGUUUAGUGCAUAUUGUUCAUAGAUUCAUAGGUUAUUACUAAGCUAACUGCCCUUGCGAGCUAUUUUAAGCCUAGCCAAUUACCCCUUGUGAGACUCAAACACUGUACCUUGUGUUUGUAAGGCAAACACCUUAACCAUUAGGCCACCCUCCCAACCCUAAAAAUAAACAGUCCCUGCAAGCCUGAAACCCAGAACCCUGCACACCAUAGACAAAUUGAUUUACCAAUAAGCCAUGACAGAUAUAAAUAAACAGCCUUGCAGGUCUUGAACCCAGGACCCUAUAUACUAUAGUCAAAGUAGUCAACCACCAAGCCGUCACAGCACUAGUGGCAUCCAGCCUGGUAUCUAAAAUGAUAGCUGAAGCAGCACCAUGUUUUCUAGAGAUCAUAGGUAAGUACUAGGCAAUUGGUCUGCAGACCAUUUCAAGACUAGCCAAAAUUUCCCUUUAGCCUAAAGAGGGCAAGACAAAAACUGGGAGAGAAUUUGAGGUUGCCCAUCCAAUUAUUUAGGUUUACUUUAAAAGUGGCAAGGGUGCUACUCUGCUUUACAUGUAGUGGAAGUUUGUUGAGGUAAGGGAUCUAAAUCAUAGAUUCAUAGAUUAGUACUAGGCUAACUGUCCUUUUGGGCCAGUUUAAACCUAGCCAGUUACCCAUUGUGAGAAUCAAACCCUGCACCUUGUGUCUAUAAGGUAAACACUUUAUUAUGCCAACUUUGUCAUUAGAGUAACCUCUAAUUGUGGUGUUCCUGCCCCCUGAUAACUCAGUUUGUUUAGCACUGCUAAGAAUUGAACACUUGUCUUACACUUCUUGAGGUUUGCAGUGUGAAAGAAAGAGUGGUAUGGUUGCUCACUGAAUUGCAGUGUUUCGUUUCUGCCGUUACCUUCCUUAUAGGUAAAAGGUAGUCCCUGAUACCAUUGCUGUGUGGUUCAGACCUGCCAUCUUGACUUGCAUGUAAACCCUCAUAAUUUCCCCACGUCUUUCAGUAUCUGGCACCUUUAUUUUCUCUCGUGAGUGUUGAAGAAUUGACUCUGGUAUCGUCCUCACUGGAGUCCCUUUCUGGUGAUAGUGACUGACAACUUUGUGUACCAGCCUUUUCUCUCAAGGUUUUUCAAAGUACAUUACUGACAGCAAAAAAGUCACCAGUGUUCCAAACCAUUGCUUAAUACUGGUAUGUAUUUUCCUCAUUUAUGCUGGCAGUGCCCACCAUCUUCGAUGUCCGAGAUCAUAUGUCCUGUCAUAUUCUCUACCUGAGGCUUUUGUAGGUCAGUGGAAGAUCAUUUGCAGUUUGUAAUGCUUUAAUGGUGUUUUUCUUCUCAUUUGCCAUGUUUCGGACAGACUACUGAUCGUUGUAGUGGGGAUGUUCCCAAGUGCUGGCUUCCACAGGAUGAUCUCAUUUCCUACCAGCACUUCAUCAUCAUGAACAAGGAGACAAAUCACCUGCCACUCAUUAUGAAAUUAAUGUGAAAGAGACCUUGCUUAGAGACUGUGCCUCUGAGUCCUUUGUAGUCCAGCCAUAUUCUAGCCUCUUGUUUUCACUGUUUUUGGAGAUUUCUUAGGCCUCAUUUUGUGGCCCUCUUCAGUAAACAAUCCAUUUAGUAGAUUGAUAACAUUCACUUUUCAGUAUUUCUUCAGUCAUGGGACAUUUUCCUCCAGUGCGCACCACAAAAUUAAAUCUUGUAGAAUAAUGUCCAACGUUCACAACAUCUUGUAUAAACCACUUUUCCACUGCUUCUGAAUUUUUUUCUACCAGUCCUUUUCCUUGUAGCACUCUUUAAGAAUCCAUCAAAUUACAGCUCAAUUUUACCUUAAAGGAGGGACUAUAAUGACUUGCGAAUUUUUGCACUGGAGGCAUCCUGUGGCAGUUCCUCCCAUUUGUCAACUCAUUCCUUUUUUAGUACUUCAUUUUAUUAUCCUUCUGGUCCCUGCCCAGUGUGUUUUUUCAUAGCAUUCUGUUAGCCUGGCAUGGAGCAAACUAAAAGUGAUAGAGUAUCUCGCAUCAUUUUGAGCAUGUCUUUUUCAGUGAGUAGUUGUUUAACCACUGGCCAACGCACGUUUUGAGUGCUCUGUCCCCACUACCCACCACCUAUCUAGUCUUUGCAAUGAGGCUGUUGUGGUAUAAUCAUUUUGGCAGCCUUGAGGAGAUUCUACAGCUUUUGGUCCUAACUCCAACCCCUGUGGCUGAUGUGCAUGCUUGUACACAUUAGAGCAUGCCAUAUCUUCUCCUGUCACUGUGUGUUCCUAAACAUUCCCCAUGAUGGCUGCCUUAUGGAUUUGACUUUGCAUAACCAAGUGCAUAUCCCUAGCCCAUACACCGUAUGGUGUGUACCUUCCACUCUAUUAGCUUCUAAUGCUGUCACUGGUCGAGUUGUACCCCUCUACUCAGAGUGGUAGAACUGGAAAUGGCCACUUUCUCACACCUUCCUUGGUCAGCCCUUCCACUGCCCAGGUCACUACCUGAGUUUGGAUUGUCUGGGUUACAGUCAAGGACUUAACCUUUUGUAAAGUAUAUUUGCCUUGAAGUAUUCUGGGUAUGUGACUUAAUCGUAUUUGGAUAUAUACUGUGAUUUUACUAUUUUACUGAAACUUUUUUUUUUUUUGAAUGUCUCCCAAAAUAUUUAAGCAUUGAGCUGUAGAUUGCAUAGAGUUAUCACCUGAUCUGGGGAUGAAAGAUUCAAAUUGUUGUCUUUUCAGACUUUAUAAACAAGAAUCAUCUCUCUUGAUGUCCUCUAAAGCUGUCUAAAUGUACUGCCUAAAUUCUCUUUCAGUUUUAGAGCUGGUGGAUGAAUAUGCUGUAGAAUUUUUCAUAAUGGACGUUUGGAUGAUGUUGAGGUAACAUAUUUUGUUUUGAAGCUCAAGUGACCUAUAAAUAUAUUUAACCAUUGUACUACAAAGAGCUUCCACUUCUGGUUACAAGAGAUGUUAAAUUAUGCUGCUUGGUAUCAUUUAACUACUUUCUGCUAAAAAAAAAAUAAAUAAUGUUAGCUAACUCAAGUAUCCAUGGCUUGAGUUGCUCCCUGUUAAGUUUUAGCUCUCAAGAUGAAUGCAAGAUAUGUGGAGGUAGCAAACCUUAAACUCAAAUAGGAAGUUUAAUACUUACUGAAAAUGUGUAAUAAUUUUAAUCGCAUAGCUUGAUCAAAAGAAAUAAUAGUUAUUGAGGAAUGUUUUUCAAGUCGGGUUCAUUUUACUGUAGUUGAGUAGUUUUAAUCGUACAGCUUUUUGUGAAGGAGUUACAGGUAUCGAGGGGCUUUUUCCAGGUCAUGUUUAUCUGUUUGUUAGUGGUAGAGUUUACACCUUUGUGGAGUCUGCAUGUCCUCCCUGUGUUCGCAUGCGUUUCCUUUGGGUGCGCUGGCUUCCUCACACAACCCAAAGACAAUGCCGUAGGUGGAUUGGACACUAAAUUGGCCAUAGGUGCAAGUGUGCAUGCGGGCUUCUGCUAUGGAAGAACAGUCAUGGCAGGCUAGCCACCUGGCGGUGUGAACCUUGGCUCUAGAUGAUUCACUGUGGAGGUAAUACCUUACCCCAUGUGCAUAAAUGGGGAAAAGGGGUUGUGGAUGAAUGGAUUCAUUUCCAUAACCAGUUAUCUAAACUAUGAAACCACACUGUUGCACAUAUGAAGUAGUGCUGUAUAUUGUGUUUUUUUCUACUUGGGUAAUGUCAAGUUAGGAGUGGCUGCAUGUUGCACAUUUGUCUACCCAGCAUUUGCGUACCUUAGUACACAAAGAAAUUGGCAGAGAUCACUGUUCAUGUCUCGGAAUAUGUUGAAUACAGGUGAUAGCUGUUAGCCGCUAACUGAAAAGUGAAUUAAGACAGGAUCUGCACUUUGUUUCUGAAGUGUUAGGCUAGGAUUACUUUUUCUGAUAUUUUGGGCACUGCAGUUUACAGUGGUAUCCCGGGGUUGUAUAUUGCAAGAAUACAUGCAAGAAAUGUUUACUCUGGAUUUAUAGCUGUGUGUGGGUAUAAUCGAGGAUUCUUCGAUAACUGAGAUACUAUAUCUACGUGUUUGGCUUCAUACUCAGUGGUGGUACAUUAUUUCCUGAUCACAAGAAUUACAACAUAACAGACACAUCAUGGUACUCACAGUUGUCUGCUGAAUCUGACAUUCCUGGAAGUUUGCAUCUUUUUCACUAAGAAGCAGUACUUAAGAUUAGUGUCUGAGGAAUAUAAUACUAUUGUUAAAAAACCUUCUGACUUGAAAUUUAAAUCUAUGUAGUCAUUGCUGCUUCAUGCCAUCAUGCUGUUUUCAAAUCCUGAGCACUGAUAUCAGACGGAUUAAAUUAGUAUGAACAUUUUGCAACGGAGACGAGUCUUAUAUUUCACCUUUGAGCUUGUUGCAGCAAGCUCGUUUUAAAUUGGAGGUAAGUGUUAUAUAAACCUGUACAGUAUACUAUUCGGCAGUGUAAAUUUUGGCUCUAGAUAUUAAUAUACCACCUCUUGUAAAAGUAAGACAAAGUAGGUUGAUGACUUUGACUAAUCUCCUUUUUAAUAUGUAGUUGUGCCCUUGUAAUUUAGCGAGCUGCCAAACCAAUCUUUUUUAAAAAAUGGUGUCUGUAUUAAAUAAUGGUCUGAUGUAAUAACACCCUGAAAAUGGAAGCAGAUCUACCCUUAGAAUACAGUGUUUUUUUUCCCCUGGGAGGAGGGAUGGAUAGAAAUAUAAAGGUAUUGUCCUGGGCCCACUGAUUUGUCAGAGACUUUUACUUUUAUUGCCCAGCUUGACAUUCUUUUACCAAAGAUAUUUUAACUAAAAUAUAUGAAUAACAGUACAGAAAAUGUGGCAAACAGUAUUUAAGUUAAAACUGGAAAAUAGAAUCUCUCUCUACCUGUUAGGUAAUCAAAUUUAUUUUGAGUAUGUCUUUUAAAAAGUAAUUUUGUAAGGGUUGCUGUAACAGUUUGGCAGUAUUAUAAAACCUACAUUAAAGGUGUUAAUAUUUGCAGCAAAAGUGACCACAUUUUUAUUAUCGAAAAAUUCAAGACAUCUUCCAGGCGUAUGUUCUUAGUAUUUGUAAUUGCAUCAAAUGAAAGUUUUUGAACAUUUUAUUUUCUUUUUACAAAAGAAAUGUAUAUGUCAUGUUGGUUUGUAGAAAUACCACUGUUGGACUGACCAGGCCUAUGUUUAAGGUAGUACAUAAAUUAAGGGGGCAAUGCACUGAAUGCAUAUCAUAUAUUGGACAUCUGUGCUAAUGUGUAUGUUUAUAUAUUUGUCAAUGUCUUUCUCUGUGUCUGUGAAAAAAUCAUGCACACACAAUCUGGAUGUGAAGACUGGCUCAAAGAAUAACACUGUUUUGCCAUUUUGCAGUUUUGUUGAAACGGUCAAAAGUGCAUAUAUUUAGACUGUGAAGCACUUUUGGGUUAUACCUUCUAAAAUUUCAGUAUUCUUUGUUUUGCCCUGUGGAGUUUUGCCCUCCAUUCUUGCCAACCAGUUUGGCCUCCCAUAGGACGUGACCCGUUGGUACCCUUACUUAGGAAUUUUGCUUGGGACCAGGCAAGAACUGUACAAUGAGGGGUUUCACUCAGGGAGCCAUGAAGGUACUUUGUCCUAACUGCUGUUCCUGCAGUGAGGGCACAUGCAAUUGUCUAACCCUUCCCCUUUGCUGAACAGGGGGAUGAGUGACCCAUGUCAGCAAGGAGUCACCCAGUGCCUUCUCCAUACAACUGCAUGCCUUGGAACUCCUGCAAUAAAGGCUGCCACCAGAGGCGGUGGUUUAUUAAGACUAAUAUCAACUUCAAGCCAUGGAUCGAUACCCCUCCUCCAGGGGAUUGUGGCAGUGUGUGCCUGACUCUGCCCUCUUUCUGUAGGAUGGGCAUGCCCAUUCUCUCUUGCCAGCGCUGUCAGACAUUUAAGCCACUAAUCGAAUUCUGGUCACCUAGGCCAUAUGGUCUAAUCCCUCUGUCAGCAGUGCUGGCAGUUGCAAUAUUUUAUCAUUUAUAUUUAACAAUUUGGGGUGUGUCUUUACUGUCUUUCACUUAGUGGUCUAGAAAUAUAUUAUCUCUGUCAGAAUAGAGAUCUUAUAUGUGCCGGGAACAUUCUUCUUUUGCCCUUUCCCCUGCCCCCAUACAUUCAGCAUGAAUGUUAGGGACUAGUUAUUUUAAUACUUAGAAUGCAUGUAAUUUAGUGUAGAGUAGUUGGCUCAAAUAUGCAAGUAAGUGCUGACAAUAAUAGAAGUGCUUCCACUGACUUUUGGUGUAUGCAAAGCACUAUAUGGAGAAGGAGAGCCAUUCCCUUCUAUUUUUGCAACAUGAUUGGCUAGAAAUUUUCUGUUAGUUUUAAACGUUGUUACCUGUAGUUGAAUGUAAGAGGGUUUUCUGUCAUUUUUGCAAACUUGUAUUUGUUGUUGCACUACUGCUUUAAAUUUAGAAAAGACAUUUGACUUAAUCUAACUAACUGAAUGUGCUGUUUAAUUUGUUUUUAUUUCUGGGGCUAUCUUUGUUUUGUCUUAUGUAAUGGUGUGGUGCUUGAAGUACAUGCUUCUGUAUAGAUUUAACCUCAUACAUUAUUAUUCUUAGAGUGAGGUAAAAACAAACCAAAGGAAUAAACGUUUACUACAGUUACAGUGAGAGUUAUCUGUGUGUACAUGUGAAAUCACUGUCCUGAUGAUAUGGCUUGCAGCUAAACACAGAUGGGGUUAUAAUGAGUGAAGUACUUGUGCAUUUAAAUUGCAUUAAAAUGUUAAGUUUUCCCCUAGAGUAAUUAUGAAACUGGAGUAAAAUAAUAAAGAUUGAAAAUGAAA